CCCCACGAAAUUUCCUGUGUGCGAGUCCUGCCGCCGCUGCUAGCGGGGCUGCUCAGGGCGUGCGGGCUGCUCCGCAGACACCGGCUCCCCUCGGCCACCCCUGCUACCAUGGAGGUGACAUACCCCCGGUUCGGGCUGCUGCUGGCUGCGCUCCUCCUGCUUGCUUCCCACGGAGGGCCAGCGGCUUUCCUCAUCACCACCCCAUAUUCACUCUGCAUCUGCCCCGAGGGCCAGAACGUUACCCUGACCUGCCGGGUCAGCGGUCCCCUUGCCGACCGCCACGACCUGCUCUACAAGACCUGGUACUUCAGCAGCGAUGGAGACCAGAGCUGCUCCGAGAAGAAGCACAUCCGCAACGUCACUGAGAAGGAGCUGCACCACGACUUGGGCAGGCACCAUGAGCUGCUGGGCAACGGCACCCAAAACCCUCCCUUCCCGGGCCAAGCCAGCCAUCACGGGGUGGAGUUUGUUCCUGACCGCCACGGUGCCUUUCACAUCAUGGUGCGGAACCUGACCCUGCAGGACAGUGGGAAUUACUGCUGCUAUGCUGUGGAGGCCAGGAGGGAGCAUGGCAAGCCCCACACUCUGCAGGUUGCUCAUGGCUUUGUGGAGCUGCAGAUCCAGCGAGGCAGAGGGCUUCAAAACUGCACAUUUCACACUCCAAGCAGCAAAGAUAUCACGGCUGCUGCUCUGGCAACGGGGGCCUGCAUCAUCGGCAUCCUGUGCCUGCCCCUCAUCUUGCUGCUGAUUUACAAGCAGAGGCAAGCUGUCAGCAACAGACGUGCCCAUGAGCUUGUCAGGAUGGAGAGCAGUGCCCAGGGCAUCGAAAACCCUGUCUUUGAGGCAGUGCCUUCGGCGAGCGCGGAGCUGCGGCCCCGGCCCCAGCUGUCCUACGUGGCCAGCAGACAGCCCUCCGAGUCUGGCCGCCACCUGCUCUCCGAGCCCAGCACCCCCCUGUCUCCCCCUGGCCCUGGAGACUGCUUCUUCCCAACGCUGGAUCCUGUUCCUGACUCACCAAAUUCCUUCAAAGCCUAAGCACCCUGGAAGAAGCUACAUCCCCCAUACACAGUGAGGAGAAGCCAGGUAGCCAUUGGACCAUGCUCACCCAGAAAGACUCUCAGGAGGUCGGCCUGGCUGUGGAGCAAUGCCUUAAAAACUGAAGCAGAGUGCUGGAGUACUGCCCUUGCCUCCUGUCCUGGCUCUGCCCUGGGGCUGGGACUGAACCUCUCUCACCUGGAUUUGGGGUUUUAAUUACCUGUUUUCAACAGAGAAGAGCCUGGCUCAGUACUGUUCACAUUUUAUGGACUAGCUGAAAACUGGGCACACAGGGAGGAAAGGAUGACCCCAUGACUGCAAACCUCCCCAAGGACUUAACUUAUUGCCAGGGGUUUAAGCUCUGCACCACCAACCUUUUUUUCUCUAUCUCUAACUGAAUAUCCUCUCUGGGAGCGGAUAGUGAAGUACUUUGUCUACUGUAAAACAAAACACGGUCACCAGCCAACCUUGUACUCCGUUUUUCUCUGCAAAACAGGAAGGGGAGAGGCUCCCUGAUGUUGUCAGAGCCCUCCUUCCCCACCAGCCUUUUAAGACAGCUGUGGACUUGUGAGGCUGCUGCCUUUUUCAGCUGGAACUCACAACGGGAGGAGUUUUAUUUCUGCUGCAAUUUUAUCCUUGGCUUGGGAUCAGGAGAGUUUCUCUUUCUGUUUGUUUCAUUAUCAGUGUUGAUUAAAUGAAAAGGAAAAGAA